AUGAAUCUAUCAUAUCAGACUAUGGAGAAUCCCGAUAUCCGUAACUACUUCAAGAUGAGCAACGAAAUGACAGGGAUUCUAAUAAACCAAAUAAACCCGCUUUCCGAUGCACACAAAUUUCUGAAGAAGAAUGAUAUCAUUCUUGCGAUUGACGGUGUUCCGAUAGGAAAUGAUAGUACAGUUCCUUUUCGUAAGCAGGAACGAGUGACUUUCACACAUUUGGUUUCUAUGAAGAAACUAUGUGAAACAGUCUUACUUAAAGUCUUAAGAGAUGGAAAAGAGCAUGAGUUCAAUAUCAGUGUAAAACCCAUCUUAGAGGAUGACAUUAAUGCAGGAUACUCCAGUUAUGAAGAUUUGCAGGUGAAGAAAGUGAAUGGAGUGGAAGUGGAUAAUCUGAAGCAAUUAUGUCAGCUCAUAGAGGAAUGCACCACCGGAUAUUUGAUGAUGGACUUGGAAAAAGAAAAGGUUAUCGUCCUCAAUAAUAAAUCUGCAAGAAAAGCCACUUCUCGGAUCUUGAAAGAUCUCAAAAUAACGUCGGCCAUGUCCGAGGAUCUUCAGCCUAGAAAGCUUCAAAGUGGCCGCAUAGUUCCCCGGCAUAGCAAGAAAAAAAAUUAG